GCCUAAGCCACUAGGGUAAGCAGUUCUGUUCAAGCUGGUAGAUCAUUUCUGGUGGUCUCCCCCUCUGCCCAGCAGCCCGUCACUCCAGGAGCUGACUGCCUUCCUCCAGACAGAGGAGCGUGGCUCCAGGAAUGACAGGUGAGGUGUCCCAGGGCACAAGGUUGGUGGGGCCUGAGCCCUGCACCAGACUCGUUGUUGGGUCUUGCUACCUGCAUGACUGGAUGAACACUCACCAUCUCCUUCACUUUUCCAGCUGUGUUCCCACUCCUGUUGUACCAGGUGAGGGGCUGGGAGGGAGCCUGGGGGAUGCACUGUGGGGUUGAGGUUGGCCACCAGCUCCUGCUGGUCCCCAGCUGUGGGCUGGGGGGACUCCCAGUGGCAGCAGCAAGGCUGAUGAUGAUGGUGCCUCCUUGUAAUAGGACAGCUGCCAGUGGAGAAACACUUCUGGACCAGGUCAGUUUUUCCUUUUUAGUCUUAAUGUUUUUCAGAAGGUAAAGUACUUGCCAUAAGGACAACUUCCAUUGAAUAGAGAGUACUGUCAGAGAUGUUACAGGAGAAAACUAACUUUCCUCUAGGAAUUCAACCUUGUCUUUCAGCCUUUGUCUGGAUGGUCAUUGCAUGGUUAAGCUAAGUGAAAUUUACUGGAUCUAAACAGCUCUUAAAAUUUAACUUUAUUCCUUGAGAGAAGAGCCUACAGCUACAGGUUAAUUGUUAAAAGCAACACUGUUCACUGUGGGUCUGUCCUGGUGUGCCCGUGGACUGUGGCAUCAGACCAAAAUCAUAGAAUCAUAUAAUCACCAGGUUGGAAAAGACCUCUUGGAUCAUAGAGUCCAACCAUUCCUAUCUGCCACUGAACCAUGUCCCUGAGUACAUCAUCUACCCGUCUCUUAAAUACCUCCAGGGACAGUGACUCCACCCCCUCCUUGGGCAGCCUCUGCCAGUGCCCGAUGACCCUUUCUGUGAAAAAUUUUUUGCUGAUAUCCAGCCUGACCCUCCCCUGACGCAGCUUGAGGCCAUUCCCCCUUGUCCUGUCCCCUGUCACUUGGGAAAAGAGGCCAGCUCCCUCCUCUCUACAACCUCCUUUCAGGUAGUUGUAGAGAGCAAUAAAUACCUGCAUCUUGAGCAGGGCAGCUCUUAAAUGAAGGCACAAUCUCCAUUUCUCUGGCAAUAAAGAACAGCAGUGGGGCCAGAGUUCUUUCAGCAAUGCUUUAUUUACUGCUGCUAUAGACAAUUCAGAAACUUUUUUUUGUUGCCCACCAUGAAAAAACACUAAAAAGCGCAGCAGUGGUGCUUCCAACCUGCUGCCCCGGUGACCAGAGUGCAGCACUGUGGCCCGGGGUGGGUGGUUUGUGCCUUGGGGACCUGGUUUGCUGUGGGGGCGUGGGUAGCUAGUUACUGGUGCUGAGCAGUUCUUAUUGGUGCACACUGGUCCUUACAUCACCCUAUACGUCCCCCUGCAGUACCGCCCCCAGCCCUGCCCUAGGCACUCCUCUCUGCAACAGGUAUGGUGGACAUAGCAGUGGUGUCCCAUGAGGAUGUGGAAAGGCGCAACAGGAGGGGAGGUUUGUGAGUGCAGGGUAAAUGGUUAGUACUUUCUAUAUUCAGCCCUGGAACUUGCCUGCAAACACAGCACUCCCGUGUGGUCUGUCCUCUGACUGUGAAAGGGAUGAUCAGAUGGAGCUGUGGAGCAUUACCUACCCUCUAGAACAUAAAAGCUUCCAUGAGUCCUUUCCCUGCAUUCUUAUCCUCCUGCCUCAGCUCACUCCAGCUGCAACCCUUCUGCCAGACAUUUCUGGGAAAAUUUAUCCAUAUGCAUGUAAGUGGGAAAUAUAUCCUGUCCCCAGCUGUUGUCUGGCUGCACACAAGUGAGGGAGAUUGCUCCCUUCUGUUGACCAGUCUUGAUGAAGGGCGCUUGCUUUCUAAAACACUAAAAUGAGACGUACAGAGUUUAUUUGCCGGCGUUUUCAGUAUCACUUGCAGGAAACAAAGUCUGUCGUUAGCUCAGAUUGGCCUUCACAGGUCCCAGCUCUGCUGCGCCUCACACCCAAUGGAAACAAACUUCUGAACUGGGUAUAUGACACCAGAGAGGCAAAGAAACAGUAUUGCUGCCGCUUCCCCACAAGUCUGUGCUGGGAACCCUGGCAGCUGCCAGGAUCCUCCCGCAGCUCUCAGACCCCUGGGUUUGGUCAGGCGGGCAGAACAGCCGGUGAUGCUGGUCCCUCUUGGCAGGGCAGGGUCACGCCUGAGCCUGCGGAACCCCUCACGUCCAUGGUGAUACCGAAAAUACCAGAAAAUAAACUCUCUGACUCAUUUUGUAGUUUUAAAAAGCAGGCAUGCUUUGUCAGGCCUGGGCAACAGGAGGGAGGGAUCUCCAUCAAUCGUGUGCAGCCAGACAAGAGCCACGACAGAAUGGAUUUCCCACUUAUGUGCACACAGCUAAUUUUUCCCAGAAAUCUUAUACAUAUUCUAUUACUUUCCAUGGACUAAUUUUAAUGUUAUGAUGAACUUCACAACAGUCAAAACUCUCUUGCUAAUUUGGAGCUAGCUCCAGCUCUGCCUGACCUUGCCUUUGAGAUGCCAGGGAAAGGCUGCAAACAGAGGGGAUGGCAGCAGGAGCCACAUCUGCUCAGUGCAGCUCAUGCCAUGCACAAGCUGUUAUUGUCUCCAAAGAAUGAAGCGUCUGGAAAAACACUGCUUGAAAGAAAACGUGCUACCAGAGGGACAACCUGUCUAACUAUCAAAAAAAACCCCCAAACAAUUACUUAGACGAAACUUAACUGCUUUAGCUUAAAUCAAAAACAUUCCACUUCUUGUCAUAGUACUGACGUCAGCACCAGCAGGGCCAGCCCGCAGCACCAGGGCUCCCUCUCACCACACGAUCACCAGGGCAGUCAGGCUGGUGCUCCUUUCUGCCUGCCGCUGGAGAGACGGAAUCCUCUGGAGCUAAGAAAUCCAGCAAAAGUGUAUAUUUCAGCGGCAUACGUACCUGCUAAACAUGCACAUGCCAUCGUGACUCCCUGAACUCCUCCACUUGCAGGCAAGCCUGGAAGAGUCAGUUGACUCCCAAGCUACUACAGCGGGAACGAUUUCCAUGUGAAUGAAUCCCCUGCAUUUAUCUGAAUAGACUAUUCUGUUCAACCAAUUCCAUCUGCAAGGGCUCUGAGCGUUGCAGAAAGGACACAUGCUGUUCAGCCUGAACUGGGAGGACUGGGUUUUAAAAUCACAGCUCCGAGCAGAUAGUGAGUAGGAACACACAGCAUCACACAAUGUACUGAGCAGACUACCAAUAUUCUCGUUCAUUUAUUUUAACCCCCAAUUUGCUUCAUGGAUCCUUGUUCAAUUCAUUGUUUUAAGGUAUAAUAAUAAAAUUACGCUUAGUAAAACGUUGACAAAUUAAGAAGGACUUAAGAAUACUGAAUGCUUUGAAAAGAAACCAUGAGCAUUAAUACUGAUGGCUGUCAAGGCUCUGAAGUGACCUGGAUUUUGAGUGCAGUCUGACAUGUACACACUACAGAGAAAUACAAAAUAUUACUCAAUUUAUAUAGGCUGCUUUGGCCAAUAUUUAUGUAAAGAUAAAGAGUCUACAAAACACCAGUCAGGACUUAAAUACAUACCGACUCAGCAACUACACAACUGAUAACCACUCACAGCAAAUUAAAAUGUGUGAAUUAACAUCUACUUAGAGGUGGGGGUCCACACCGGGCUAAGGUACCCGGAAGGCUGAGAGAUAAACAAGGAGACAACACCUGCGGAGCUUGGAGAUCGUGGGACAGGAAGCAAGGAGACGGUCCAGGACCGCGCCAGAAAGAAGGACCAUCCAGUCACAGGUUGUUUAUCUAUAGGCUAAUCCAAUCAUGCGGAGACGCGUGCGUGGAUAAAGGAUAUAAGAGGCGCGUGUAAGACCAAGCGCCGCCCGGCCAGCCGUGGAGCAUCAAUAAAGAAACUUGCGUCCACCUCACUGUGUCGUGUCUCAGCAGCGACAUCUGGUGACUCUGAUGUGGUACAGCCAGGAGUUUCCGACAUGAUACAGUUUUGGGUUAAGAGUUUCGGCGGGCGCAGCCAAGAGAGCAGCGAGCGUAGCUGCUAAGUUAUUUCGGAGUUUCGGCAGCAGAGCCAAGAGCCCCAGCAAAGCAGGAGCGGCGGGAAUAGCCGCUUGAUUCCGGAGCCGGGACCUUUGGGGAGACACCGAGCACAGGUGAGCUGCGGGGGAAGAUGGGAGCCUCACUAACUAAAGAGGAAGAAAUGAUAACGAGCAUGUGGAAACAAAUACUAAAAAAGAGGGGUGUAAAGCUGGAAGAAUCAAUGUUGCAAAAGAUGCUUUUAUGGAGCAAGAAGCAGGGUUAUAAUGCAGAUAUAGUAACAUCGUUUUCUGUUUCGAAUUGGAAAGAAAUAGGGGACAGGCUGUUCGAUAGCGCUUCACACGGAGACGAAGAGUCCGUGUCCUUGUUAACCACAUGGGGCCUUUUGUUUGACUCUUUGAAAGACUUUAAAAAGCAGAGGGAUCGGGCAGAAGAUCUUUCAGCCCUCGCCUCCCGAGACGAGCCUCCGUUUGCCGAGGAUCUGUUAACGGAGCAAGAGGACUUUUCCGUAUUAACUGCGGAUCCAGAUUCUGCACCUCUAUCUCCGUUUCAACACCUAAAUUCAGGAGAUACGGUAACGCGCCCAAAAAAUAAACUAUCUCGGUUGGCGCGAAAAAGUUUUCUUGUCUAUGAAUCAGACGAGGAAACAGACUCCGCUUCUCCGAUCUAUAAACAAAGCUCACGGCAAGUGAACCCCCUACGGCCGUCCCGUCCCGCGCCGCCCCCUGGAGAGCGAGGGGCGCCCGCGGCGCGCAGUGCCUUUUCCCGCCCGCCUGUGCCGGGUGAGGCGGAGCGGGGGGACGGUCCCGGGGCGGGGGGCGGUGAGGCGGCUGCCUCGAAAAACAGAAACAGCGAGGCUAACGCCGAGCAAACCUCUGGGGGUUCCUCUGGUAAACCUCAAACCCCUCAGGCGUGGGGUUCAUCCCCGGCACAGGUUACUGUGAGACCGUAUGAUCCCUGUUUAUUUUGGCAAAAGGUAAAACAACGGGCUAUGCUAGAAGGACUUUGGGACUUGUCCGAGGCAAUAACUGCACCCUUAAAGGAGCGUGACCCGGGUCCUGCGACAGCUAUGACAUUCCAGGGGGACCCAGGACAGGGAAUCAGGGAUGAGUACAGGCCAUACGCCUGGAAACUAAUACAGGAACUUCAAAAAACUGUUACAGAGUACGGUCCCAACUCCCCUGCAACGAUGCGAUUAAUUCGGUUGUUAACUAUGGAAGAAAUGACACCAUAUGACUUUGCCCAAAUCGCACAAAUUAUGUUUCAGCCUGUUGAGUGCACAGUUUUUCGAAAUAUUUGGAUGCAAAGGGCAGAAGCACAGGCAAUACGGAAUCUGCAGCUCCCCGAGUCAGAUCCCCGGCGUGGGAACUGCGCAGAUGUUUUAACAGGAACCGGGCAGUUUAGUAAUCCGCAGCAUCAAGCUCAGUGGCACCCUUUAGUGCUUGAACAAGUCAAAGCAGUAGGGCUCGAAGCACUGAUGAGAACAGCCGAGAUGGCUGAACCAGGGGAUAAAUAUACAACAAUUAAACAGGGAGUUCGAGAGCCAUUUUUACAAUUUGUAGAGAAGCUAUGGGCUGCCGUAGAACGCCAAGUUUUUGAUGACUAUGUAAAAACAAUGUUGAUCACACAACUGGCACGCGAUAAUGCUAAUGCAGAUUGUCAAAAAAUAAUAGAUGCCUUGCCAGGUGAACCGACCCUUGAAACUAUGAUCAUGGCUUGUGCCAAGGUGAGGUGGAUAGACGAUAAAAUGGCUGCUCUUGCUGCUGCUAUGGCAGCCAUGAAAACACCCAACAAAGUAUGUUAUAAGUGUCACAAGACUGGGCAUCUGAAACCUGCCUGUCCAAAUAGACGAAAAAUGAAUGGUGGCACUGCUAAAUCAGCGAUUACACCAGCUGUUAGCAGAUGUCUCAGGUGUGGGAAAGUUGGACACUUUGCCAAACAAUGCCAGUCCAAAUAUCAUAUAAGUGGACAAUUGUUACAGCCGGGAAAUGGGAGAUGGAUGUAUCCACUGCCCACACAGUAACUGUUAAUACACAGGGAGUACACAAGGUCCCUCUGAAAGCCGGGGGGGCCCAUCGGUCAUGGACUCAGUGCCUUACUUAUCAGACAUUCCAGUGCUAUCUUACAAAACAUUCUAGUUCAUGUGGUGGUAAUUGAUGAGGAUUUUACAGGACAAAUUUGUGCAAUGGUUUCUACUAUCAUCCCCACCUUACAAUAGAAGAGGGAACUCACAUUGUGCAAUUCGUGACUUUUAAAAGCAGUGUUCCUAAAACAGAGCCAGUCAUCUGUGGAGAUGGGGGAUUUGGAUCCACCGGACUGCCUCAAAUUUAUUGGUCACAAUCUCUCUCAGACACAAGGCCACAAAUGAAAUGUAUUCUUGCUAUGAACAUCGCUUUUCCAUAUUCCGUUCAAAUAUUGGACUGCUUGACACAGGGGCUGAUGUUACUAUCAUUACUCAGAGGGACUGGCCUGAUUCCUGGCCUGUGGUACCUGCAACUUUAGGAGUAGUGGGACUAGCAAGUAUGGCUACUAGUCUUAUUGCAGCAAAACCUGUAAUUAUCACGAAUCGCGAAGGGCAAAAUGCCACUGUAUGACCUCAUAUUACUCCAGCCCCCUUAAACCUCUGGGGACAAGACUGGGACAAUGGAUUUUCCAUAGGAGUCACUAUCCUGCAGGGCAUUAAAAACACGCUUUAAGGUUGCGAUGGCUUGCAGACAAGCCAGUGUGGGUGGAUCAGUGGCCCCUCAAUAGAGAGAAACUCACAGCCCUGCACACAUUAGUGGCAGAACAGUUAGCUGCAGGCCAUAUUGAAGAGCCACACAGUCCUUGGAACACACCAGGUUUUGUGAUCAAAAAAGAAAUCAGGAAAAUGGCGAUUAUUACAUGACCUGCGAAAAAUCAAUGAAGUGCUUGCAGCCUGGGAGUCCACCAGGACUACCUUCCCUGACAAUGAUUCCAAUGCAGUGGGACAUAUUGGUCAUGGACUUAAAGGAUUGUUUCUUUACAAUUCCUUUAGAUGAAAAAGAUGUUGAAAAAUUUGCUUUUACAGUUCCUUUGACUAAUCAUGCGGAACCCACAAAAAGAUAUCAUUGGAAGGUUUUACCCUAAGGGAUGAAAAACUCACCUACUGUCUGUUAGUGGUUUGUAGCCCAGGCACUGAGUGUUGUGUGGCAGAAAUAACCUGAAUGCUAUUGCUGUUAUUAUAUGGAUGACAUCUUAUUGGCUGCUGCAAUGUCAUAACAAUUAGGAGAAUUGGAAAGGGACACUAGACAAAUGUUGGAAUCUUAUGGUCUAGUCAUUGUCCCUGAAAAGGUACAACGUGUUCAGCCGUGGUUGUACUUGGGCAUGAAAGUACUGGCCAAAGCAGUCCAACCUCAGGCAAUUAAAAUAGUAACUGAAAUCAGGACUUUAAACGAUGUUCAAAAAAUAGUUGGAAUUAUAAAUUGGCUGAGACCCUAUUUGGGCCUUACGUCAUCACAAAUACAACCCCUAGUUGAUUUAUUAAAAGGGGACACAGAUAUUGCAGCACAGGCAUUAGUCUUUGUGGAGGGCACAAUGCCCUAUGCCGCACUCGUGCAGUGGGAUCAGGGGUGGGAAGAUCCCCUCCAAGUAUCGGAGUGGAUCUUCUUACCAUUUUGAAAAAAAAAAAGGCUGCUCCAGGAUUAUAUGAGUUGUUAGCUGAACUCAUUAUUAAAAUUCAAACAUGAUGUGUGGGACUAUUGGCAUGAGAUCCAGAAUGUAUUGUUAUUCCUCUGCAAGUUCAAUAUUUUGAAUGGUGUCUUGCCAAUAGUUCUGCACUUCAAGCUGCUCUCCUGGAUGUUACAGGCCAGAUAUCGUAUUGUUUCGCUUCUCAGCCACUUUGUAAAUUGGGAACUCAAAUCUCUAUGGCACAGAAAUUAUUAAGCCAAACAGCACCUGUUGAUGGACCCACAGUUUUCACUGAUGGGUCUGGGAAAAUGGGAAAAGCUGCUGUUACAUGGUUUGAUGGCCAAAACUGGCAACAUUUAAUUGAGCACCAGCAAGGCUCCCCACAAGUGGUGGAAUUACUAGCAGUCACAUUGGCAUUUCAAGUUCCCACAAGCCAUAAAUGUGGUAACUGACUCUGCUUAUGUUGCAGGCCUAGUGCAGAGAUUGGAUAAAGCAGUUCUUGGAGAAGUGACAAACCACCUGUUGUUUGGAGUUAUGAAGCUGUUGUGGGAAACCGUACAAAAAUGCAGCUUAUCCUAUUAUAUCUUGCAUAUAAAAAGCCAUACUGAUUUACCUGGUUUUAUAGCAGAAGGAAAUGCCUGGGCUGACCAGUUAGUAUCUGCAGUAGCAUUAGGACCAGUACCAAACAUUAUGCAACAAACAAUUGCUUCUCAUCAAUUUUUUCACCAGAGUCACAGAGCACUCAAAAGACAGUUUCAACUUUCUACUACUGAAGCUCGAUCUAUCGUUGCCUCAUGUCCUGAUUGCCAAGGACAACCUUGUCCGACAGUCUGUGGAGUAAAUCCUAGAGGCUUACAGGCCCUACAAAUUUGGCAAACUGAUAUAACUCAUAUUAUGAAAUUUGGCUGACAAAAGUAUGUGCAUGUAUCGAUUGACACCUUUUCUUCUGUCAUCAUUGCUACUGCAGAUAUUGGAGAAACAGCAAAGGAUGUUAUUAGGCAUUGGCAAAAAGCCUUUGCCACCUGUCGUGUUCCUCAACCGACAACGGUCCUGCCUAUGUUUCUGGGUGGGUGAAAGCAUUUUUACAAUUAUGGGUGUCAGCCAUACUACAGGUAUUCCUCACUCCCCACCAGUCAGGCACUUGUAGAACGUGCCCAUGGUACACCUAAGUGCCUUUUACAAAAACAAAAGGUAGGAAUGUCUGGGGAAUCACCUGAAGCAAGGCUGAACAGGGUGAUGUAUGUAUUAAAUUUCUUAACUGUCAAUGAGGAACAUCAAAAUCCCCCAAUGAUUUGACACUUUGAAUUCUUGAAGUCCACUGUGGCUAUCUCUAAUGGAGUGAAGGUUCAAGUGAAGGACCUUCAAAGUGGUCAAUGGUCAGGCCCACGCAAGCUAUUAACUUGGGGUCGAGGGUAUGCUUGUGUUUCCACAGAUGAAGGACCUCGGUGGUACCCUGCUCGUUGUGUUCAGCCUGUUGUGGAUAAGCCAUGGAAGCCAUGUGUGGAAAAUCAAACAGCCGUAAAUAAGUAAAUACAAAAAGAGGGAAUUGUGGGGGUCCACAGUGGGCUGAAGACCCCUGCUGACUGUACCCAGAAGGCCGAGAUGUAAACAAGGAGGCAACACCUGCGGAACUUGGAGAUCGUGGGACAGGAAGCGAGAAGACAAUACAGGACUGCGUGAGAAAGAAGUACCGUUCAGUCACAGGCUGUUUAUGUAUAGAUUAACCCAAUCAUGUGGAGAUGUGUGUGUUGAUAAAGGGUAUAAGAGGCAUGCGUAAGACCAAGAGCCGGCUGGCCAGCCAUGGAACAUCAAUAAAGAAACUUGCUUCCACCUCACCAUGUCAUGUCUCAACAGUGACACUCAGACUAUUCAGUUAUAUGGAAUGUAUCUGUUUAGUUUUCUCCUUGUGAUACAGUUCUGUUUUCCAGACAUUUCACAAACACUAUCACAAACACUGAGUUACUUUAUCUUUAUAUCAAACUUCAAACCAUUUUUUUUUCAAUUGUUAGGUAGCCAAUACGUAUCACAAGUUGCUUACAGGAAACAACUUGUGGUUGUUGAGAAUGAUGAUUCUCUAUUUACUGCUUAUGGAAGUCACAGGCUAACCAUCCUUCAUUUACCUCCCUUACAUAACACAAGUGCAACUUUCUCUCCUUCAUAAGAACAUAUUUUUAAUUAUUAAGCAGAAGCUGUAAAACAGAAGAAACAGUUUUUUCAAUGGGAAACGUUGUCACAGAUGUUCUGAGUAGCAAAAGUAUAAAUGAGCUUAAGAAACAGUAUGUACAUUGAAAACAACAAAACAAAACACUAUUUUAAAAACAGGCAUGGACAACCAAAAUCACUGAAAAUCCUUACACAACAAACUACCAAGCUGUCAUUAUAUCCUAACGUAAUAAGUGUACCUGUCUACUUAUGUUCUUCUAACACUUUCAUAAGCAUAAGCUUGUCCUAUGAAGAGACUGAUACACUUUUGGUCUGAUUCCAUACAUAUGUUCUUGCAUUUCACUUGGAUCUGGUACAAACCUGCUCCACUAGCACAAAUUGACUCAAAGAACUUUGGAAGCAUCGCUUUGCUCUCGCAUGUCAGUAACUCCCUAACUCUAUGCCCAGACUAGUUAUUGCCCAUCCUCCUGCAACUGGCCUAAGGUUAACAUGAAUGGUGCAUGUUUACUGAUUGACAGAAGUAGUAAAAUGUUCAUGCUUGAUGCAGGUCAAAUUUGCCCUGGCAGGUGAUCUGACAGCAAUUGAGUGAUCAAGUACUAACAAACCUAGCAUCUCAGCAGAACAGACUAGUAUAAAAUCUCCAAAUUAAUUCAGCACACGCAACUUAGGAGAUAUUUUGAAGGUUAAGACUAAUUGUGACAGUAUUUAUACAAUGAAGACUCUAAACAAACAAACAAACGUACAUAACAUCAUCAAGCUCUUCAACAGGUGUUGUUGACCACUAUGGUCUAGUAAGUCUUUCCUCUUUCUGUAUGUCUAUGUGUUCCUUUGUAGCUAGAUGACAAUUCAUUCUACCUGUACCUGAAGGCAAUCACAAGCAGCAUUGUUAGUGUGAUGCUGAACUUCAGCCAGUAUGCACUGUUGAAAAGACUCCACAGCUGCUUCUCAGCUUGAAGAACCAGAGCCUAUAAUACACUUGGGCUAAAAAUUGCAACAGUUCAGAAGCUGCUCUAUGAGGAGCUCACCAUAAGGUUCAAUAUCGGUCAUAAUCUCAUCCCUUCUUAGUAGGUGGAUCUGCCUGUAAAAGUCAGGCAGGUCCUUUACUUACUAGAUGCUAGUAUCUGAUUGCAUGUGCAAAAAGCAAUAUCUUAUUUUUCUACUACAUCUUUGGACUCAAAGAACUAGCUAGCUGAAAUGUUAAGGUACUUUGGUUCUAGCUGGAGACCACAUUGGUGGUGAGUCAGGAAUUUCUUUGUAUCAAUUGAGUUUACUUGCAAAAAUGCUACCAGUCCUAUUUUUGUGAACAUAGGGCAAUUCUGAUAAACAGUAUUAUUUCUUUUCCCUUUGAAGAUAAGAUAAAGGCAGUGCCAAGAUUCCCAGAACCAGAUAAAAAACACCACAGGUAGAUAACACAAAAUACCAAGCCAGUCUAAACGUGCAUUACCAAUUCAAAUUUGUUCAAAGUCUUUUUGAUUUAUUUUAUGGUAGCAAACUUCAUGCUUUUCAAAGUCUGUCUAUACAACAGUUUUAUUGGUCUUUCAGUGGAUAGCCCAAAGGAUUUCUUUCCCAUCCCUUCGCAUUUUCCUCCUACUCCUUCAUGCAGUGUUGCUGCAUUCAAGCCAUGAACCACCUUUUAAAGAAGUGUUAAAGUUGGAUUCUAUUGAUUUCAGUCAUGACCACUGUGCUUUCCUUACCUGCUGACUUCUGUACCACUGCAUUCCUCAUAACAAGCUUCCAUCAACACUGUGCUGUGCACUGAGAACCUUCAUCCGAUGGCUCUCCAGCCUUGCCUCACCAUACCGUGCAGCAGUCUGCGGCAAUAACACAAUGCUGGUGCACAGAUAGGGUGAUCCACACUGCCGCAGUAUGGGACAUCACCAAGUAGAACUUUGGUUCUCAAAUGUAAUUUGCAGGAACUCCCCUGUGACUCAGAGCAAAGCUCAUUGCUUCAGCCAAGCCCUGAAUUUGCACAAUAUCUGAACACCUGUUAAGUGGCACAAGUGUGGCUUAGAUUGCAUUAAAAUCCCAGUGCGCUGCAGGCAAAGCAUUGGGCUUCUACCUGCAGCACUGCUUAGCCCUUGAUUGUGUUAUAUCUGUAACCUUGCACUUACCAGAAGUUCUCAUGGCAGAUUUUAUGCUGUAUCAAGUACAGCCUGAAAAGAGUGUUUCAGUGCUUUUAAGAACUGAAGUUUAACUCACUGAACUUUUCCUCAGGCAUCUGUCUGAAGUUUUACAUAUUCUCAGUAUAAGAGUAAAAGAAGACAGAUACAGCUCAUUUACAAGUCGCUGCAGUAGUAAAAGCUGCUCUCUUUUGAUAUAUUUUCCUUCAUUUAUACUUCACCUAUUUCAAAGGCAUUCUAAGUGUUUACAAUACAACAGUAAGUCUGCAUGCAAAGGUAUCACAGACUUCUACAUAAGCAGUAGUAUCCCACAAAAUGGAACUAAACCAGAAUCCAGCUCGCCUCCUGUCCUGGAGGGCUUGUUUAAAUAGGGUUUCAAUGUGAGCCUAGACAAGGCUUUCUGGGAGACAGGGUCUGUUCUCUGUUGGAAUGAGAGAGUAAGCAAGUUUCAAGACUGACGGCAUUGCAUUGUAAAACCUAAAGUUUAGUGGCACAGGUAUCCAUAUCAGUCCUAAAAGUCACACUAACAUUAACCAAUACAUCCAGAAAUCUGAUGAAAGAAGUACACUGGUCUGUAACACAGCAGUCAUUGGGUAGUUUUGAGAGGAUUGUAUUGAAGUAUCCUAAGUACAUUAAGCUACAAUAUAAAGAAAUAUAUAUUUGUGUUGCGUGAACAUUUUCACACUUUUAAAAAAAUUAUUACUUUUCUACUAGGUGAAAAAUGUGCCAACUAUUUGCCAAUGAACCAUUAUGAAAUACAGCAGUUCCUACUUUCAGCUGAGAGUUUGGCAGACUAUUUCUUAAAAAAAAUCCUAAAAAAUGUUUACUUCUAAAGUGGAAGAAAAACUUUAAACACCUAACAACAAAAUUUACAUGUUUGCAUCUAUGUGAAACUAUGCACAAGCUCAAAACACCCUCCACCAGUCCAGAGCUCAAUGGGUUACUAGGGAGAAGUAAACUUACCGACUCCAGAUAUAACAUUAUAUUUUAUCACGUAUUACUAUUAUUUGACUAUGGAAACCCCCUUAAGAGUUUCAGUUAGGAUCAUUCCCCACUCACCUAGUCUGUGGAUCUGCCUUCAAAACAUCUAUGCUCUCAAAACCUAAGUGUGCAACUACAUCACUUUUAUUUAUCCGAGUGAUAUUUAUCCUAAGCAGAAGACCACUGUUUUGAGGAGUUUGCAAUCUGCCCGGCAUGCACAGGCCAGUGCUGCACUGUGUGUACAGCGUGGCUGUCAGACCUGUGCUGCGCAGCAUGUUUCCCUUGGCUGGAGGAGCGGCUCAGCGCUGGCUGUAACACAGAAGCCUGUGGGCAGCUCCCACUCGGUAUCGGCAAUUUUAUCACCCGUGUGUCCUUCCUUUAUCUAGAAGUGCAGCAAACAGUUCCUAAGUGAACUAGCUUUCUUGACAGCAGAAAUGAGAACUAGAAUUGUUUUAAAAAAACUCCAGUAAGAGCUCAAAAGACCAAAAUAUCAGAUGGCCUUUCAAUGGACAAUGAUCUGCCCGUUGUGCUGGGCUCUGAUUUGAGACCUGUUCGGUACCACACAACUCAGCACCUGGAAGGGCAUAAAAUUAUCUACACUAUACUUUUUCUUUAUAGUGUUUGCUCCAAUAGAUGGUAUUUUAAGCAAUAAUUUACAGUCUGAGUCUUUUCCUUACUGGGACUGUAAUGAACCAGUACUUCCUGGUGCAAAACAACAGUUCACUAACUUGCUUUUAGGUAUAACCUCAAGGAAGAGGGGUAUCAUGUCAGGAAUGUUAAAAUCCAUGAGAUGAAAACUAAUGAUUUUAUAAUUUUUUAAGUAUAUUAAAGUUUAGCUAUGUAUGGUUUGCAGAAGUAAAUUCCCAUGCUGGGUGUAUGUCACAGAAGCUCUGCUGGCACAGACUGCAAAACAGUCUGAAUUUCUGAUUUUACGAAGAAGCAAACUAGUACUGGCUGUUGGGGACCGAUUUCAUCAUGUUCUGCUGGGGAUUAGCUGCAUGCUCACCCUAAACCCAUUCUGCAUUGUUGGAGUGAAAACCUUGAAAAAACAAUCUCAAAGGAUCAUCAUUACUCUCUUUUAUCAUAGCCCAGGGCUCCAUGUUUCUCUUCUACCCCUUCUUUUAUUCACCUGGCCAUUCCACUGUACCCUCAUAUCUUCCAGGGAUUCCAAAGUAAUUCCUCUGUCAGGUUUCACUUUAACUCAGUGUGAAUGUUACCUGUCCAGCCUGCCUACAGGUACCAUUUCUCACACUUUCACCAAAUGCUGUUUCACUCUUUUCUCGUUUCGCUUAGUACAUAAACCACACAACUAUGUCUAGAAGAUAACUGUAUUGCUGAAACACAAGAAGAAAAACUGUCAGCCAAAAUCCAUAAGGCCUCUAUGUAACUAAUACCAACAAUAUAGUAAUUCAUACAAGAAGUGCCCAUUUUGCUUCCAAACUAGCCUUGAAUAGGUUUAGUGCUUGAAGGUAAAUUAGGAAGCUCUAUUCCCAUUUUUAUGCAUACAAUAGAACACAUUGUCAUCACAGGAUUCACAAAAACAAGUGAUGACUUUGUAGCAAGCUUAUAGAAUAAGGGAAACUUGUAUAAAAAAUACGAUUGAAAAGUUCCUGAGCCUCUAUCUGGGUGUAAGCAUCUACUCAAACCACUCCAGUUUUGGAGGGGGGCUGAUGGUAUUUCUUUCACCUUUUUCACGGCUGGGGAAAGGGCAGGCACGUAGAAGCAUCUACAACAUGAAACGUUCUCUUCACGUCAAUAAACCAAACCAAACCAAUAAUCAAUUGUAAAUUACUGAAAGGAACCAUCCCUGAAAGAGUUCUUUUCCAGGAUUCUCAUGCCCUGUGCAUUCCAGCAUUUUUCCCGGCCAGCUUAAAGAGUGUUUCUCUUGCUGCACUACACAAAGAAAUCAUUAUAACAGUAAUGGGGUAAUAAUCCCCACUUCAAAGGAGAGAAAGAAAAACCCCCCUGAAAUGUACAAACUGUGUAACGGUCCCACUUAGGUAAUCUGGAGAGAACAGCCUCUUUGUAGUUCCUACGAUCUCUGGCUCUCAACAAGUACAUUUACUAUAAAGGUUCUUAGAAAAAGAUGAUGGCACUCCCAACAAAAAUCAGUGGAAGCUCUGUAAAUUUGGAAAUCACCUAAAUUCACUAAAGCUCACAUUGGAAAAAAUUAACUGGCUAUACAGUACAAACUGCUUUUUAUUCCCAUAAGGGCAGAAGUUAAUGCUGAAACCCAAGUAAAAAGUUUCUCAAAGAACAUUUUUUCUUUAAUCAGUGAAGAGUGCUGUAGGACAGCGCUAUUUUUAUCCUACCAUGAUGCAACUUGCUGUCCUGUGUUAAUGUAUUCCUACCUCAGUUUCUCCUCUGGAUUAAAAUUAGCAAAAUGGCACCUAGCCAAGUUUAGCGAAAAUUUUCUAAGUGCCAGUAACUAAAACUAGCAGAACUGUACUCAAGAAACUUCUACUCCUUGAAACAGAGGAUAAAGUUGAAGAGGAGCUAAGAUGAAAGUCAGCUUGCAAUAGAAGUGGACUUCAGCCAGCUCCAGAAGAGGGAAAGUCCAAAAGAUGGAUCUAAGUGAAAGCACCAGCAAAAGUUAAUCUCAUUUGCUGGUUUUGCCUAACACAACCCCGUUUAGUUAAUUCAUGAUCUGAGAGCUGUCCCGUUUCUCAUGCAGCAGCUCCAUCUGCUGCCCGAAAGGAAAGAUAGGUUUUGCAUUAGGACUAUAUUUACAAAAUAAAAAAGGCAACGGACUUGAACAAUUUGAAAUAUCUCCGGACAAUUCCUCAAUGCUUCCCCAGAUAGUCCUCCUGCAGGAAUGGCACCAACAGCCUGUGCAAAUCAACUAACUAAAACAAAAAUAUGAGAGGAAAUAGCAAUCAUAUGAGUGUCAGGAUUCUUUACUUGUACACAUUCAGAAAUGGUCUUCUCACAGCAAAUUCUGAUUCUUCAUUACCUGCAGUCACUUAGUGCUGUGCUGUCCCAAAGUACCGUGUUACCACCAAACCACACCGGUGACACUCACUGCACCCCAGAAGAAAUGUGCCCAGGUGUUCACAAACUACGAGAGAUUUAUGGUGAUUCUUAGUUACUUACAAGUGGUUUAUUUGAGUUGCACAAAUAUAAAUUCAAGCUUACUAUUCUGAAGAUCGGCUCAGUUCCUAGAAACAAAAGUUGUUGCUUUUAUGCAGUGCAGAGCCUUGAGGACACAAAGCAAUCAUUCCACACCUUGUGUAGCUUCUGUGGGAGCACUUAUGUAGAGUUCUGUCCAUAACAGAAGAGUUUGUAAAUUCAAUAAGACCUAUACCCUGAAUCUUGUAUAAUUUGAUGAUUCUUGGUCUGUGUUUACUCUGGCUUCACAACGGUUUGAUAGCUUGGAAUUGUAAUUCCAAUAUGAUGCUUUCUGUAACUGCUGAAGCCUCCCAGUACCCCCCCAGUUUGCGGGCAGCGUUGCAGGAGGUAUUUAAUAAUCAGCCAGCUCAGGCUCACUGCUGGCCACAGGCGCCGCCUGAGUGCACGGCAGUCAGAGGUCGUACCAACAGUGCACUGUCCUUACUCAAGUCACCCUGGUUAUUCAUUACACUCAGUAUCUCAGCCCUUGAUCCAGUGCCUAGUGGACUGUGUGUCCUAAUCAGCUGCCCCAGGGAUGGGGCAGCCACACUUCCCGGGCAGCCUGCGCAGGGCCUCGCCACCGACACGAACUUCAUAAACACCUUUCACAAGCAGCGGCGCCGCAGCGCUGUGGCGAGGGCUCCGCCGGGGCAGGGCUGAGGCUGCUCAGAGCCCGAGCCCAUUCCUAGCGGUUUACAACAAGAGCAGAGCGGGAUGCGCUGCCCGGCGCUGAGCCGAGCGCUCCGCAUCCCCUGCACCCUCCGCAUCGCCCCCGAGCGCUCCGCAUCCUCUGCACCCCCCCGCAUCCACCCGCGGGGCGCGCAGGCUCUCUGGGCGGUGCGCGCAAAAUCCAACAGGUGGCUCCGUGGCGCAAUGGAUAGCGCAUUGGACUUCUAGAGGGUUUGAAGGGAUUCAAAGGUUCCGGGUUCGAGUCCCGGCGGAGUCGCUUCUUGCUUUUUUAACACCCCACCGCGCCUUUUUCGCUAAACCGCGUCUCCCCCACUCUCCCGCGGCCGCAGCAGCCGCCUCGGCGGUCCGGGGCCCCGCCUCCCGCACGGAGGGAGCAGGGAGCGGGCGGGGACAGAGAGCGGCGGGGAGCCGGGCAAAAACCAGAGAGCAAAACCCUGCGACAGCGACGACCCCGCAAGCCCCGCAGCGGCAGCAAAGCGACCGCAGCGGGAAACGGCCGGGCCCUUCCCGGCGGCGCCUUCCCCGCACCGCCGGGGGAAAGCGAUUUGCGGGCCACAAAAUGCUACCGACAAGACCGAAGCACUUCACAGUGGCAUUAAUACCGUCUUUUCUCCCGAACUUACAGGCACCAGGAAUUCAAUUAAAAAAAAAAUAAAAAUCCGGUGGUAAAACAAAUCCCUGAGCGGCACCCGACAAACCUCCCGGAUUUGGGUCAGCACUUUAUAAAUUAUAAGUCUGAUUACUGAUUCUAUUCAGUUUGUGGAUUUUUCGACAAAUUAUUUUAAUUGUGUGACUACAG